UUUACCGCUGACACUGCGGCGGCCGGCCCCGGUGCCGGUGCGUUGGCAGGCCCCUUUGCUGGCGCCGAUGCAGGCUUUGCUGUUGCUGCUUUUGAUGCUGCUGCAGGCUUCUUUGUGCUGGCAGCCGGUGCCGGUGCAUUCGCCACGCUGUAAGCCGCCACAGCUUUUGCAGGUGCAGCAGCAGGAGCGCCGGAGCCUGCCGUUGCGGCAGCAGGAGCGCUCCGCUGUGGGGCUGCGUGCCGAGGUGCAGGAGCACCGGCAGCUGCGGCUGCCGCGGCAGCUUUUGUUGCGGGUGCCGUUGCAGGCGCUGCAGCUUUGGUCGCUGGCUUUGGCGCAGGCUGUGGUGCAGCGACGGCUGCAACCGCCACCGACCCCUGUGCAGGAGCGGGAGCUGGGGGCAGCGACACAGAGCCGCGCAGGGGUGUGCUUGCGGCUGUGCGUGCAGCGGUGGAGGGUGCAGGGGCUGGAGUGCCACGAACGCGCGGCUCAGCCGCAGCCGGUACCGCUGCCGGCGGCUGCGUCUUCGGCGCUGUCGGCUGUGGGCGGGCUGUUGUGGGAGCCUGUGACGGUGCAGGUGCGCCUCCUGCUGCCGCCACUAGUGUUGCGGCUGCCUUGGGAGCCUUUGCAGGGGCCGUGGGCACCGGUGCUGCUGCUUUUGACGAGGCAAGUGGCCGCACAGACGAUGCUGGGGCCACAGCUGGGGCUCGCACAGCACCCGGCUGAGGGGCAGCUGCGGUGGACGCCGGCGGCAGAGCUGUGUAGGCAAGCGCGGCAGGCUGCAGGGCCGGCGGCGCAGUCGAGGGCUUUGCCGCUGCCGGCUUUGCCGCUGCCGGCUUCGCCGCUGCCGGAGUUGCUGCCACGGGAGGCAAUGCUGGUAGCGCCACAGCUGGCAGAGCAGAAGAGGAAGCUGCCUGAGUAGCUACCGCCGGGGCCGGGGCUGGGGCUGGGGCCGGGGCCGGCACGGGCGCGAGGGCAGCUGCUGUUGCCGCGGCGGCUGCCGCCGGCUUCCCGGGCGUGAUGGGAACCGUGCCGCCUAGGACGGGAAUGGGCCCGGCCGGCAUGGAGGCUGCUGCGGUCGCUGGUGCGGUGACGGGCGGCUGCAGCGCUGCAAUGGCG